CUCUCUGCAGUGAAGAGAAGCGACAAGGUAGGCUGUCAUUCUGCAAACGCUGCCCAGAACAGGCUUUUCUCUGAGAAGCACUGCUGCUCUUCUUUAGAAAGGCUGAAUCUAAAUGUUGCCUCUGGAGACAAGAAGCUUCAGUAUGUUAAAUUACUUUCAUUAUGUAUUUUCAGAUGCUUAUUGAUUCCACAGUCAGAAGAGUGAGAGACUGCAGCAGACUCUAAGCAGCCUUACAUGUUCCAUACAUUAGCAGGAGUGCUGAAACAAUGGUACAAUCCAGGAACAUAUUUUCAUUAAGGUCAUUUUUUUUGAAGAGAUGUUUAUGACCCUCUUCUCUCAGUACUCUGCUAACAAGUGAAUGAAAUGAAUCAAUCGAAACUGGAAAUGCUUCAACUAUAUCAAGAAUAUAGCCAAUCUUUAAGCAGAGGACAUAAAGCCUCUAAUUCAAUUUUUGCUACUGACAUUAUGAAGAAUGCAAAUGAUUGAACGUCUUUCUAGCAGUCUGAGUCACAAGCUACAAGAUAUAAUGUGUAUUUCUAAAGACAUAAAGGAGUUAAAGCAAAAACAUGGAAUAAGUCUGUAUGACUGUUUGCAUGCAUAACAAAACAGUACUCUGAAGAGAAGACUGGAUAAUUUCACAAGAAGAAUGCAAUGGUAUAUGGCUGAAAACAAAAUGGUGAGCAUUUUUAAAAGGAUUUUCUACUUUAAAUAUCAAAAUUGUGGAAACAACUGAUUCAUGAAGAAACAAUGAAAAAUGAAUUUUCAAAAGGAGAAUGUGCAUACUUCACCAGCAAGCUAAAUGAAGCUGUAUCAGGUUUUCUGCACUACAAAUUAAGUUAUUCAUAUCAAUUGUCACGAUGACUAAUGGAUAUUUUUUCUCUGAAUUUCAUGAUCUGUUAUGUAUCCUUCUUUAAUGAAAAUAAACCAAAUUAAAUAGCAGAUGGUCUUUAUCAAAAGCUCAUGAACUGGAUUUUAUAAUGUAAAGAAAUUUAUGUGAUCAAGACAUUAGUCCAACUAAUGAACAAGAAUACUAUAGAAACAAAUGUCCAGUUGUAACAAAAGGAUGUCUAAAUACAUUUCUGAAGCUAGAAAUCUGAUGCCUCUAUUUUUAUUUUCACUUAUCCUGGAAAAUAAAAAUACACAGCCACAUAGUCCUCAAAAGGGCAAUAUAAUUAAUAUCACUUAAGAAGUUCUUAUUUUUAUUGGCAGUGGCUUUUAAAAGCAAAAGAACCCAAAUAAUAUGUAUUGGUCCUUAGAAAUCUAUCAGCCAAUUUAAUUUCAUUUUUAAAUACAAAUCUUGCUGCUGAAGUGCUGGGGAAAAAAAAUGAAAUAUUCUACAAGGCAGGAAAUAGAACAUUGCUACUUCACUGUUGCCAGGUGAAAAUGCAUGUCAAAAUCUGUCAAUGACAUCAUGUAUCAAUUUUUGAAAAACUGCCAUAGUGAGCAGAAAGACCCCUGAGGCAACAGAAAACAGGAAAAAAAACAACUGCUCCAAAAGAAUGUGUUUCUCUCCCAUUCCGGAAAUCAACAUGCAGUCUGAAUCUAACAUUACAGUCCGAGAUGACAUUGAUGACAUCAGCACCAAUAUGUACCCAUCAUCAUCAUAUCCAUUAAGCUUUCAAGUAUCUCUCACUGGAUUUCUCAUGUUAGAAAUUGUAUUGGGACUUGGCAGCAACCUCACAGUAUUGGUACUUUACUGCAUGAAAUCCAACUUAAUCAAUUCUGUCAGUAACAUUAUUACAAUGAAUCUUCAUGUACUUGAUGUAAUUAUUUGUGUAGGAUGUAUUCCUCUAACUAUAGUUAUUCUUCUACUUUCACUGGAGAGUAAUACUGCUCUCAUCUGUUGCUUCCAUGAGGCUUGUGUAUCCUUUGCAAGUGUCUCAACUGCAAUCAACGUUUUUGCGAUCACUCUGGACCGCUAUGAUAUCUCUGUGAAACCUGCAAACCGAAUUCUGACUAUGGGAAGAGCUGUCAUGUUAAUGACAUCCAUAUGGAUUAUCUCAUUUUUCUCUUUCCUAAUUCCCUUUAUUGAAGUCAAUUUUUUCAGUCUUCAAAGUGAAAACAGAUGGAAAAAUAAGACACUUCUCUGUGUCAGUAGAAAUGAAUACCACACUGAACUGGGGAUGUACUAUCACCUGCUAGUACAGAUUCCAAUCUUCUUUUUCACUGUUAUAGUAAUGCUAAUUACCUACACCAAAAUACUUCAAGCCCUAAAUAUCCGAAUAGGCACAAGAUUUUCAACAGGGCAAAAGAAGAAAGCAAGAAAGAAAAAGACAAUUUCUCUGACCACACAGCAUGAGACUACCGACGUAUCCCAAAGCAGUGGCGGGAGAAAUGUGGUUUUUGGUGUAAGAACUUCUGUUUCUGUCAUAAUUGCUCUCCGGCGAGCCGUGAAGAGACACCGAGAAAGACGGGAGAGGCAAAAGAGAGUCUUCAGAAUGUCUCUGUUGAUUAUUUCAACAUUUCUUCUCUGCUGGACACCAAUUUCUGUUUUAAACACCACCAUUUUAUGUUUGGGCCCAAGUGACCUUCUGGUAAAACUAAGAUUGUGUUUUCUAGUUAUGGCCUAUGGAACCACCAUAUUUCACCCUCUACUAUAUGCAUUUACUAGACAAAAAUUUCAAAAAGUCUUGAAAAGUAAAAUGAAAAAGCGAGUUGUUUCAAUUGUGGAAGCAGAUCCUAUGCCUAAUAAUGCUGUAAUACACAAUUCUUGGAUAGAUCCUAAAAGGAAUAAAACAAUUACUUUUGAAGACAGUGAAGUAAGAGAAAAAUGUUUAGUACCACAGGUUGUUACAGACUAAGCAAAAAACAAGUUUUCACCAAAUCCCCAUUCCCAAGAAUUUUGUUUUGUUUUGUUUUUUAAUUGUAAGAAACAUGACUGCCAAAUAUGGGGGAAAUUUUUAAAGUAUUGGUUUUACUGUAAAAUUUCAAUAUUAAAUGUUAAAUAGAUUAGGUCAUAUAUUCAAUUUCUUCAUUAUUUAAUGUAUAUGUUGCAUGGCAGUUUGUUAAAGUAACAUCAUUGUGUAUAUUUUGUCAUUAUUCUGUCCACUAGAAAAUAUUCAUGUAAGUCAUAUUUUCUAAAAAAUUAAAAUAAAUGAAUAGCCUUAAAAUAGUACACACUUUUAAAAUUCAAUCAAGACCUGUAUGCUUUAUUUUUUAAAUUCAGUUUUCUGAGCCAUUUACCCUAGAUACACUUAAGUUAAUGUUUAACUUUAAUAUUAUUUUCAUUUAAAACUUCAAAUUAUAAAUUCAAAUUAAUUAGAAUUAUUUUAGUUACUUAAGUCAAUCAUCACUGUCUCAGAAUAAUCUAUAUUUACUAUAAGUAAAAAUCUAAAAAUUAACCAUAUAUAUUCUUUCUUCUAUCCAUAAUCACAUAUAGGAACAAAAAUUAGCAACUCCUUUUCUUAAUUUUCAAGAAUGAAAACCUGAACAGGCAAAGGAUUAAAAAGAAAAUUGCAAACUCAGGUGUAUUAAUAAAAUACCAUAUUAUAUAAGAAAAACUAAAGCAAUGAUUUUUAUAUGACAAAGGGGGCAAUAAACCUACAAUAUUUAAUUUUCACUAUAGUAAAAAAGUAAAGAAUACCUUUACAUCUUUCUUUUUAAAAGUGAAUUGCAUUUUUAAAUCAUUGGAAUUAAAUAUAAGAGGAAGGAAUUUAAAUGGAUUUCUAUAUGUGGAGAAAAUAAGAUGCAACCAGCAAAUCCUACUUUUUCUAAUUUUUGUAAUAAACUUCAAAACUGCCUCCAAUAUUAAAUGUGAUUUCUGUGACAGAAUUAUAGCCUCACCAUAUACAAAAUGCAAGUUUUAUUUUUACUCUGUUUAUCAUUAUCAUCAUAACACACCCCUCACCAUUUCUCUUUCUGUACCUCAUUCAGAUACGAAAUUUCGAAGAUCCUCUUUCUUGUCUUCACUGGAUGCUAGGAAAGUAUGAAAUUACUGGUUGAAAAUCAUGAUUCUGAGGCUUGGAAAUGAUACAUGAUCUACUCAUCCAGAAUGAGUAAUUGUUAUUCCAAUUGAGCAAACUAUGUUAAAUGAUUUUUUAUUAUUAUUAUGUAGUUUUUAUCUCCUGGGGAGAAAAGGUGCUUAUAAAAAAUAAAGCUGUCUUGAAUUAUUUUCCACUUAUCUGUAUGCUAUAACAACAUAUUAAUGAAUGCUAAAAUUGUUGAUACAAUAAGUUUUUUAAAGGUAUUUUCUUCACACUAAUUCUUGAGAGUUCCUUCAAGUUUUAUUAUCCCCAUUUUAUGUAAAGGACACUAAAGUUCAGAAAAGUCAUUUAACUAGGAAAUAGUAGGAAUCAACCUGGAAGGAGCCUUGGAGUAACCAAGCCUGUAACCAAACAGAGGUCUUCUGAAAACAAAACCGGUUCACUUCCCACUAGGACUUGUUUAAUUAACAUAAAAAUUUUUUCAUUUCCUUUUUUUUGUACUUUCUUCUACAUAACAUGAAUAAAAUACAAGUAGUGAGCCUUUUACAAAGAAUUUUUUCACAUAAUAUUCUGAACAAAAAUUAUAUUGUCUUUCAUAUUAUUUAACUUUUUCACAUGGAUAAAAAGUAUUUGGCAACUUUGCUUUGCUGAGUAAAAAGCAGCAAAAUGUGACCGAGUAAAGGUCAUGAGGUCACAAGAGAAAUAAGAAUAUUAUUUGGUAUUCGUGCUAACAUACUGUUGAAUCUUGGCAAAGCCACAGCUUUCCUGUGCUUUAUUGCCUACAUCAAUUUAAUAAGGCAGUAGAGAGGAAAAGAAGAUACCAUAGUUUGACAGAAUAUAGUAUAAAUAGGCAAGCGCUAUUCAAAAUACAAUUCAUAUUUAUAUGACUUUACAAAGCUCUAAUUCCACUGCAACACCUUGAGGUGAUUUAUUCAAGGAUUAUUAGACUUAAUUUCUUCUGUGAUACUGUCAGUGUGGUACAGUCCCUGUGUGGGAAUUCCUUGCACCACUGUAGAAAAUAACAAAGGCUUAGAGAGCUGCCUAAAGCUGGCCAGGCUUACCCCAAAUCACGGAGUUAAACAGGGGGAAAAGCAGAACUCGAACCCAGUUCUUCCUGUCUCCAAGCCUAGCAUUCUAUCAUCUAAACCAGACUGCAUCUAUACUCUCAUUUUACAGAUAAGAAAAGUAAAGCUCAAAGAUAUUCAAUGACUCACCCAUGAGAUGAAAAAUUAGGGAAGAGUCUCCUGCCUCUCCAAAAAGUUGAUCUUCAGAAAAAAAAAUCUCAACAGCACUAGCUUUUACAGAAGAACCAAACAAUUUUUCAAUUUCUCAUUUAAAAACAUUUCCUUCAGUGCUUAGUAUCAUUUAAUAUUCUCUUUUCUAUGUGACAGUUUAUUUUGAAAAAGGUUUAAACUUUGACAAGAUCCCACUUGACAGCAAGACCUUUAGUUAAUUUUGUUUUCAAACAGAGAUACAAAUUAGUCCAGCUAUUCUUAGGAUUCAAUAGAAAAACACUCAUAAUAGAGUUUUUAAAUAUUUUAGUCUUCAAUUCCAACUACUUCAAAGCACUAGUUUAAAAAUCAAUGUAUGACAGAAGCCUAACUGCUUCUGGUAUUCUUUAUAACAUUAAAUGUGACUUAGUAAAGUGUAAAAUGCAAACAUUCUAAUUUUGCUAUAAAUCACUAUUUAUUGCCUACAUUUAGUAUUUUAGAUGGUCACAAAGCUGGCCUUUAAAAAGCAUAUUUACCAGUCCCAGUAGUAACUCUAGUAGGAAUACUACAAUUUUUAUGCCAUUUAUGCAUACAAACAUUUGUUCAAUCAUGAAUUUAGAGAGAAAAAAUAAUGCAUUUACCUGAUAGUCUCUAAUAGCUUUUUAAUUUGUUAAAUAGUGUGUAAUGGGUACAUGAAGAUAGUACUUAAAUAGACGUAAAACUAUGCUUUCCAAAAAAAAAAGCACGAGAUUUAUUUACUUUGGAGGAGGGUUUAGUUUAUAGGAAGUCAGAAAGCCUGAAUAGCUUUUAUUUCUAAGUAAAUAUUUGUUCUGCAGCAAACUAUAAACAAUUUAAAUUUUCAUCCUUUCUUAUGCCUUUAAUUCAGUUUUUUAAAAUAAGACAGGUGAUUUUAUUUUUAUUUCUAGGAAUAAAUACAUAAAGGGUACAGUUUGGAUUUUUUCUGUAAAAAUAAAAACCAAUAAGGUAAAAGCAAAAACAAAAACAAAAAAAGCAAUAGUAAAUUACUUGGUAUAUGUUCCUUAAAGCUUUUUGCAUUUUUCUUUUUUAAAACCUUAGUCCAGGAAAUUAAAAAAAAAACAAUAUGAGGCACAGAAAAACAGAUAUAGGAUUCCUUUAAAAGGGGGAUAUAAGGAAUGUUGAUUAAGAGGAUAAUAGGAGUUGCUCUGUAAAAAAGUGUGGAGUUUUUGUCCUGUUUGUUUCUUUUUAUAUGAGAAGGAUAUUGUACCAAAACAAAAACAAAAACCUGCUGUACAGAUAGAUGUUCAUCUAUUAUCAAAAUUAAAUUAUUCACAAUUACCUGUUUAAUGAAACUUGUGGUAUUCACAAUAUAUUUCUCUAUCUUUUAGAACAUGUAGUAAUCUAUUUUCUCAUUC